AUGGAACGUUGUGGAAUGUGGAACAUGACUGAUGGGCUCGGCUCAUUCAGUGGUUUUCGAAUCGUAAAAUUGUUUGAUUCGGGGAUUUUCGAGCAAAUAAACAGAUGCAAAUUUCUGCGCAUUACCCAUGUAUCAAUAAGCACUAGUCCGGAUCCAUCGAAAUUGGUGUUCCCG